AUGCCCGUCGCUUGCGCUCAACGCUUUCGGCACACACCAGUGCAGCAGCAGCAGCAGCAGCAGCAACAACAAGCUUAUCCUCUGGCCUCGACAUCACGCACAACACUAGAUGAUGCGGACACCUUGGAACCGGUUUCGGAGGAUUCAGUUGGAGCGUGCGCCCGAAGCGAGACGGCUCAGGACCCCCCUGCGCCACAGUCUGGCUUUGGCAAGCAAGCACCACCCUUCGCAGUCACAGAUACGUUAGAGCUACACCGAACCAGGUCCGACUCGACAUCCAGCAUUGGUAGCUCCAAGGGCAAAGAGAAGGCUUGCGAUGAUGGCGAUGGGGAAGGUAUCGGCAUCGGUCUCGGCGCCGACGAUCCUGGAAUGGUCCUCGCCGCACAUACCCUGCCUCGAGUUCGUACCGUCGCCGUGUCGGAACCAUCAUGCGAAGAAGGGAGCAGCAGCAGCACCCAUGAUUCUCCCAGAGAAAAACAUUCCAUCGCUUGGGCACCGAUCUCCCCACCGUCAGCACCAGGGACGGUGCAGCAGAGUCCCUCGGCGAAACUGCUCGGCACUCCGUCUCGUACUACGACGACAACCGCGCGGCUGAGCAUCGAGACAGCCACGUUACCGAGUGGAGACCUCGCCUUCUCGCUCGCAUCGUCGACAAGACCCAUACUGAACGAAGCGGGGUCGAUACGCGGAGGCUCGGCCGAGACGAGUCAAGAGCAUUCAUCCGCCGGCCGGUCCGAUGCCCAACCCAACAUCGCCUCGACGACCUCGGGACAAACCUCGCGCGGGGAAGGGAGCGGUCCCAUCGAUGGCACCAGUUCCUUCUGGGCCACGACGAGUUGGAAAAUGAGGUCUGGGAAGGCGACUGUGGAUCAGAAACGACUUCGCGCCCUUGGGUUCAACGAAGAGCUGUCGAGGGAUUUCGACUUUUGGGCCUCGGCCGGACUGACGAUCUGCAACAUCGGUGGUUUCCCCGGCACGGUGUUGGCGGUCUUGACGGCGAUGCGAACGGGUGGAUCGUCGAUGUAUGUGUUUGCUUGGCCCAUCUCGGGACUAUUCUUCAUGAGUCUGGCUGCCGUACUCGGCGAGAUGGCUUCGACGUGGCCCGUGGCAGGUCAGUCGAUCGCCAACACUCUCCGACCUCAGUGCGGGACACAGAAAGCUGACCCUGCUUACAUCUCGUUGCUAUCGUAGGUGCCAUGUUUACUUGGACGUUCCGAUUGUGUCGAAGCUCUCGAAGGCUCGACAUUUGGGCUCGGUAUCUUUCGUGGAUCGUGGGCUCUUUCCUGCUGUGCUCGCACAUUCUGCUGCAGGUAGAUCCGAUGUGAAGCCGGGAGACUGAAGUAGAUCGGAAGGGCUGACUUUGUACAUUUCGUACGACUCCAGAUCGUCAUCACCUGGCAAUUCUCUCACAAUCUUCUCGGCACGAUCGGCCUGUACAGCAAGACGAAUAGCUCGAUCUGGGUGCCUGUGGGGAUUUGCUGGGUAGGUUGCGAGUCACGGCCUCUAGUUUUGGAGUGAGUAAUGAAUCCGCUGACCUAGUCUCUCUUAUCUGGUGUUGUCGAUAAGGCGGUUCUCUUGGGGUCUGGGCUGAUCGUCAGCUCACCUAUCGUACGCUCACCCUGGUUCUGGCGAGGUUGUGGUUUCAUGACCAUCGUCUUUUUCCUCACGCUCAACAUCACCCUUCUCACACAAGCCAAGACAAUUAAGUGGGUAUAGUGACUGGUCCAAGUGCUUGGUAGUGGAGUGUCCUGACGCUCCUACCUUGGCUCCACAGAUCCGCCAAAUGGGUGUUUUCAAACUACGAGAACGACACAGGCUUCUCCAGCAAGAGCUACGUGUACAUGCUCGGUGAGGAACAUCAAUACGUUCUGCUCGCGAGGGUUUCGUCGGCUGACUUUUUUGUCAUCGACACAGGCUGGGUAUUCACUUGCGUAGCUUCAGGGAUGGAAGCCGCCGCUCAUAUCGCAGAGGAUACCCGGGCCCCGGCCAGAACUGUGCCCCAAUCCAUGUUCUGGAGCCUCGCUGCGACGUACGGCAUGGGUUGGGUCUCGAUCUGCGUCUUGUUGGCAACGUUGGACGCUUCGAGUCUCGAUCCGACGCUGCAACCUUCCAUCGCGCUCAUCGCCAACUCGAUCCCGCGCGCCCACACAACCGUUGUUCUGAUCUUUGUCCUCCUCUCCUUCGCCUUCCAGUCGAUCGCCCAACUUCUCGCCACCUCUCGAUUCACCUGGGCGCUAGCUCGAGAAUCGGCUCUUCCUCUGUCCCCCUUCUUGCGUAAACUCACGCCCAAGAGUCGAUUGCCUCUCCGAGCCAUCUGGUGCAUCGUCGCCAUCGCUUUCCCCGCCAUGCUUCUCAUCAUCGUCGAUUACUCGAUCAUCGCGACCAUCAUCCUCGAAGGCGCCGGCUUCAGCGUCAUGUUCUCCUACACCGUCCCCGUCUUGAUCUACCUAUUCCUCCCUCGCGACGCAUUAUCCGGUGAUGGCCGAGCGUUAUGGACCUUGAGAAAAUGGAGCAAACCCGCUGCUCUUGCAGGGACUCUGUUCGCGCUCAUUUUCAUGAUCAUGCUCUGCUUACCUACGGCCUACCCCGUCAACGCGAUAUCGGCAUCCUACGCUUCAGCCGUAUUGGUCCUCGUAUUCUUAUUAGCGACGCUCGCUUGGGUCUUUUACGGGAACGCGCACUACGCGGGACCGAUCAAAACGACGACGAAAUGGACCAUCGGAGCCGAGAUUGAAUUACCUCGUUCGGCCACGAUGCAGAAAACGCCAACCCCGGCCGGGGGCACUAAUAGUCCUGUGCAAGCUUUAGGUCCACGCUUGACCGAAUCGGAAUUUUUGGGCAGGACCGCGCAUGUGUUUUCUUCGUUCGAAGGGGAGGGGACUACCACGCAUGGGAUGACGACGAGGAUGUCGGGGACGAGGAUCGAGAUGGGAAGAGAGACGAUGGGGACCUCGCAUACUGGGAUGGGGACGGAAUGGUCCACGGAUUGGGAUGAGGAGGAGGAGGAAUACUCCUCGGAGGAGGAGGAAUACUCCUCGGAGGAGGAGGAAGAAGCACCCUCGGCGGAGGCUGGGACGACUUCACGGAGUCAGAAGAAGGGGAGCAGUAGAGAGGUGGAUUCGACGAGGUGGAGACCUAGAAGGGAUCAGGAAGCUGAUGGACCUAGCACGCCGGAUGCGAGCGUGUGA